AUGGAAGCCACCUCGUCCCUCACGCGCUCCCUCUCCCUCGUCCCCCGCCCCCGCCGCUCCUCCCGCGCCGCGAAGUCCCCGCACAUGCCCACCCUCUCCCCGGCGCCGCGCGUCCUCCCGCUCCGCCGCGCCAGGUCGGACGCCGACCUCCUCGGAUCCGUCCCCGCCGCGGCGCCAGGCUCCGCCGGCUCCGUCCUCCUCCGCUCGCCCCGCCCAGGCACCCUCGGGGAGAGAGACGACGCGCCGAUGGAAGACUGCUUCGACGGCUCGGGCGCCGGCAAGGACAACAACAGCUCCGGCCGCGGCGGGGGCAGCGGAGGCGCCGGCGGCAACGGCCAGAGCGCCGGCAUGGGGGAGCACUACCGCAGGGUGCUGAGGCUGGAGCCGGACAACCCGCUGCUGCUGCGCAACUACGGCAAGUACCUGCACGAGGUGGAGCGCGACCUGGCGGGCGCCGAGGAGUACUACGGCCGCGCCCUGCUCGCCUGCCCCGGCGACGCCGACCUGCUCAGCCUCUACGGCCGCGUCCUCUGGGAGGCCAACCAGGACAAGGAGCGCGCCUCCGGAUACUUCGAGCGCGCCGUCCAGGCCGCGCCAGACGACUGCUAUGUGCUGGGAUCGUACGCGAGCUUCCUGUGGGACGCCGAGGACGAGGACGAGGAAGAAGCGAGCACGGCGGCGGCCAGCUCUCCGGCGUUGGUGCCGGCCUGCUGA